UAGGAUGGUGGGGCACGAGCUUAUGACUCUAACUCUAUCUUAGGUAGCUCAAGUUUUCAAGAGGCUAAAAAUUUCCAAACAUCGCGAAAGCUUCUACCAACCAAUCUUAUUGUUCAAUUCUGAUAUCAACCAACACAUGUGUUGAUAUUCAUCGCGGGUGAUGAAUCGUCCAUUGCUCUCAGCACUGGGUUCGCGCAACGAACUACCCAACUGCAGUUGACCUUUGGACCCUUGCGACUUGCGACGUACGACUUACGAUUUACGACCUGCGAUUGCGCAUUUUACAGACCGAAGAUAGAAAUCGAGGAGGAUGGCUACCACAACAGCCACUACCAAUGAGGCCAUGCUGGUCAAGCACCAGGUUGUGGACAAGCUGCCGAAGAAGAUCAAGCAAAUCAAGUUCGGCAUUCAAUCCAACCAAGAUAUCGUGAACCAAGCAGUCCUAGAGGUUUCCGAUCGAACUAUGUACGAUGUCGGUAGGGGCAGAGAGCCGAUUCAAAACGGACCGCUCGACAAGCGUUUAGGUACCUCCAGUAAGACUGGCAUCUGCUCAACAUGUGGUCUGCGACUACAGGAUUGUACCGGCCAUUUUGGUCAUGUCCGAUUACCACUACCUGCCUUUCACAUCGGUUACAUCAAAUUUACUAUAACUAUCUUACAGAACAUAUGCAAAGACUGCUCGCGAAUCUUGUUGACCGAAGCAGAACAGCGAAUGUAUCUCAAGGAGCUUAGACGUCCAUUCAUCGACAACAUGCGAAGGGUUGCCAUCUGCAAGAAGAUUAACGAGCAAUGCCGAAAGACUAAGAAUUGCCACUAUUGCGGAGCAGUCAAUGGUCAAAUCAGGAAAGUCGGAGCUCUCAAGCUUGUUCAUGAUAAGUUCAUCGCCUUCAACAAGUCGACUUCGCAAAAGAAACAACCUCCGGCGAGUAAGAUCGAAUUCGACAAUUCCUUUUUGGAAGCUAGGAAGCACGUCCACGAUCUGGAUAAGCAUAUGAGAAAAGCCUUCGAAGAUCUAAACCCUCUGAGAGUUCUAAAUCUAUUCAAACAAAUCAACCCUACGGAUUGCGAGUUACUUGGCCUCGAUCCCUCAGAAGGACGGCCUGAGAUGUUCCUGUGGCAGUACCUCCCGGCUCCUCCCGUAUGCAUCCGACCUUCUGUCGCCCAAGAAGGAGCGAGCAAUGAAGAUGAUCUAACAGCCCGACUUAGCGACAUUGUCUGGGCCUGUGGUCUCAUCCGCUCCGCGCUAGAAAAGGGUACACAGCUCCAAACCAUCAUGGAACAGUGGGAAUACCUACAGUUGCAGAUUGCUCUUUACGUAAACAGCGAUGUUCCCGGUCUCCAGAAUAGCGGUGCGAGAACGUCGAGGGGCGUCUGUCAGCGCUUAAAAGGAAAACAGGGGCGGUUUCGCGGUAAUUUGUCCGGAAAGCGUGUGGAUUUCUCUGGCCGAACCGUUAUCUCUCCGGACCCCAAUCUGGCCAUUAACCAGGUUGCUGUACCGGAGCUGGUUGCCAAGAAUCUCACGUACCCCGAAAGAGUACACCGUAAAAAUAUCGACAAGCUAAAGCAGUGUAUCUUGAACGGCCCAUAUGUACACCCAGGAGCUCAGGCGGUCCUGAAGCAGGAUGGCGAACAGUCAUUCAAAAUAUCUCUAAGAUUUGCUGACAAGGAAUCGGCCGCCAGGGAUUUGCGAGAAGGGGACAUCGUCGAGCGUCACCUCGAGGACAAUGAUAUCGUACUAUUCAAUCGUCAGCCAUCACUCCACAAGCUCAGUAUCAUGAGUCAUUUCGCCAAAAUCAGACCUUGGAGAACUUUCCGUUUGAAUGAGUGCGUUUGUGGACCUUACAAUGCAGAUUUUGACGGAGAUGAGAUGAAUCUCCACGUGCCUCAGACGGAAGAGGCUCGCGCCGAGGCUAUGACUCUCAUGGGAGUCAAGCACAACCUAGCAACGCCGAAGAACGGAGAACCGAUUAUCGCGGCAACGCAAGAUUUCAUUACGGCAGCCUAUCUUCUGAGCAGCAAAGACAACUUCUUUGAUCGCAAAACCUUCACCUAUAUUGUCAUGCAAAUGAUGGACGGUAAUACCCAUAUUGACUUACCACCCCCUGCCAUCGUCGCUCCCAAGCGGCUUUGGACGGGGAAACAGGUCUUCAGCCUACUUAUGAGGCCGAACAAAGCAUCGCAGGUUAAAGUAAACCUCGAUGCCAAGUGCAGAGAAUACGUGGAGCCGCCGUCACCUCCCCCGGGCAAGAAGACAAGAGCCCCAGACAUGUGUCCUAACGACGGAUGGCUCGUUGUGAGAAACUCGGAAGUCAUGUGUGGCAGGAUGGACAAGUCUACAGUGGGCGCGGGAAAGAAGGAUUCCAUAUUUUAUGUGAUCCUAAGAGAUUUUGGUCCCGACGAUGCUGUGACGGCAAUGAAUCGGUUGGCCAAACUCUGCGCGCGAGUAUUGACAAACCGCGGGUUUUCCAUAGGCAUUGGCGAUGUCUUUCCCACGGCCUCUCUUACUGAAAAGAAGCAGGAACUUGUGGCGGAGGCAUACAAAAAGUCAGACACCCUUAUUGAGCAAUUUAACUCAAACAAGCUAGAGAAAGCAGCUGGGUGUAGUAUGGAAGAGACAUUGGAAAACAAAAUCUCCGGUACCCUUAGCAAAGUCCGACAGGAAGCCGGAGAGUACUGUAUCCAGACGCUUAGUAAGAAUAAUGCGCCUUGGAUCAUGGCCUCGUCUGGUUCCAAGGGUUCAACCAUCAACGUCGCUCAGAUGGUUGCCGUUGUCGGGCAGCAAAUUAUCGGAGGACAGCGUGUAGCUGAUGGUUUCCAAGACCGGACUCUGCCCCAUUUCCACAAGAACGCCCGCCAAGCUCCCGCAAAGGGGUUCGUACGUAACAGCUUCUAUACUGGACUACUUCCGACUGAAUUUCUAUUCCACGCCAUCUCCGGAAGAGAAGGUCUCGUCGAUACAGCCGUCAAAACUGCGGAAACUGGAUACAUGUCCCGUCGUUUAAUGAAAUCGCUCGAGGAUCUCUCGACGCAAUACGACGACACUGUUAGGACAUCAGGCGGAGGAGUAGUGCAGUUUCAGUUCGGCGCUGAUAAGCUAGACCCUGUAGACAUGGAAGGCAACGCCGUGCCAGUCAAUUUCAAGAGGACAUGGUCUCACGCCGAAAAUCUCACAUGGGAUAACUCGGAUAGAGCAUUACUACCGUUCGAAAUUAUGGAGCUUUGCGAAUCCAUUCUCAAAAAGGAGCGCGAACACUACCAAAGACGAGGACUGUUACAUGGAGAGCCUCUAGACUACAGGGACGUAAGUAACUAUGCGGUUGACGAGUACGAAGGCGGCCGAAAGUUUCUCGAUACUGUUCAUGAUCAUAUGGAAGGUUUAGCAAAGAAAUUAGCCAGGUUUCGAACUGCUGCAGGUCUUGAUCCGCUGCUUGUAAAACCUGCCGGAUCUCUAGCUGCAAUCCAGAGAAAAGAAAAGGGGGCAUUCUCACGGCUCGCUUCCGAAAGAGUCGUGAAGGUGUCCGAACGCACAGCUAGGAAGUUUAUUGCGCUGUGUCUAGAGAAAUAUUCAAAAGCUCGCGUAGAACCGGGUCACGCGGUCGGAGCGGUCGGAGCACAGUCUAUCGGCGAACCUGGAACGCAAAUGACCCUGAAAACCUUUCACUUUGCUGGUGUUGCCGGAAUGAGCAUCACUCAAGGUGUACCGCGUAUCAAGGAAAUUAUUAAUGCUUCCAAAUUAAUUAGCACUCCCGUCAUCUCAUGCCCUCUGGAAAGUAAAGGGGACAUGAAUGCCGCACGCAUUGUCAGGGCUAGAAUUGAGAAGACGUACAUCGAGGAUAUUCUUCGAUACAUGGACGAUGAAUGGAAGGCAGACAGAGCGUUCAUUACCUUACACAUCAACACCGAAACUCUAGAAGGAAUGCACCUUAAUAUCAGUCUCGAGAACAUUGCCGACAUCAUCUCGAAACAGAAGAAGUUGAAGAUACAGAAAACGAAUAUUUCCGUCUUCGAAGAAGACGCAACUAUUGAAGUUACUGUACCACCCCCUGACGCGGAUCCUUCGGCAGCAAAACGAGCGCCGAGAAGCAAAGCGGCAAUUGCAGAAGCCAUGGCAGACAUAACGGUGAAGGUGGGUCAGAUCAAACGGGCGUUACCGCUCAUCCCAAUUUCCGGAUAUCCGGACGCUACUCGUGCAAUUAUCCAAACAUCAAAGGAUGAUAAAGAUAAAGAUAAAGAGAUCUAUACUGUUCUGGUUGAGGGUUACGGCCUACAGCAAUGUAUGAACACUGAAGGCGUCGUUGGUACGAAAGUACGCACGAAUAGCGUUUUGGAGUGCCGUGAUAUCCUCGGCAUCGAAGCGGCGCGGACCACUAUUGCCAAGGAAAUUUCCGAUGUUAUGAACGAUAUGGGUAUCGACCCACGACAUAUGGAGCUACUAGCCGAUGUCAUGACUUAUAAGGGCGAAAUUCUAGGCAUCACCCGAUUCGGUCUAUCCAAGAUGCGGGAUAGUGUGUUGCAACUCGCGUCUUUCGAAAAGACGGCAGAUCACCUCUUCGACGCGGCGGCUGGGAUGAAAGCGGACCGCAUCGAGGGUGUCAGCGAGAAGAUCAUCAUGGGACAGACUAUGUCAGUCGGCACGGGCGCCUUCCAGAUGGUCCGCUACCUGGGCCACCAAGACAAGCAUUUCACGCAGCUACCGACCGUCUUCGAGAGCGCGUGGGCGGAGGAGCACGAAUGGUCUUAUAAGGGAAAACGCAGAUGAGUCGUUCAACUGAAUACCGCAUGGGUUAGGAGUUAAACAUGGGCAUAAGCUAAGGAAUGACAAAAUGGUCGGCAUAUUCGGCUUUUGCUUUCUUGUUACGAUUCGAUUUACGUGGGCGCGGUCCAACAGCAUCAUAAGGCUGCUUGGUCUACAAUUAAUAAGAAUGCACUUUUACGAUUUAGACGAGACUUGUUGUGAACUAGUCUUGUCUUCAAUGACAAUUGCCGUCGCGUUCAGUAGUGAAGGGCUGCCAUUUUGAGUCGUCAGGUUGCAUACAAACAACUGGUAUAUUGUACUAGAAAUAGGAGGCUUCCUGCCCACAAUGCCUUCGCCCCCAUCUAAUAGGCCGCUAGAAUUAUUC